GCUUGGGCUCCAAACCGCGAGCCGGCGGUGCAGAAAUCAGCCGAGGACUGGACCUCGACCACCGUGUAGGUCGCUGCGUCAGCCGAUAGAUAAUAGAUGGCGCGACGUUCGAGUGGCUCGUGGCGUGGCCUCGCUGCGGACCUUCAGGAUGAUGUCGCAGCGGCCAAAGUCGAGCUGCGGCGACUGCUGCAACGCAAGCACGUUGUACGACCAACCGAGCUACGUGAGCCAGUACUAGUACCUGAGCUGCCUCGAGCAAUCGCACCGCAAGCUUCUGACACGCCAGCAGAUUCGCUCUGUCCGAGAAGCUGUCCGUGUCUGCCGCGUCAUGAGCAGACUAUGGAACGCCUCCAAGCCCUCGAAGACACCAAUGCGAUCAUGGCCGCCCGCUGCGCCCAGCUGGACAACACGCUGGCCACGUGCGCGUCCGAACUCCGCUUGUCGUCGGAGAAGAUGCAGCGCAUCGAGUCCAAGUACGCAACAGAGCGACGGCGCAACGAGCUGCAAGUCCUCGCCAUCCAAGUGCUCGAGGACGAGUUGCGGACCCUCCAGUCAUCGACGAGCUACGAAGCGAGUCGUCUUGCGUAGCUUCUGCUC